GUAUUUUUGUUGGCGGUUCUUGCUGUGUGUGUAGCCGCAGUUCUCGUGACCAUCCUGUCACGGCGGGGCUGACCUUGGCUGUGGUGUGUGGGAGUCGGAUCUCUGUGUGCGGUGAUAGUUAUGGAUGGCGGCAGUUUUACCUCGCAGUUGUACAACGAAUCGGGAGGGUCACAGGGCAUGGAAGUGUGCGAGGACAUGGACACGCAUUUGGAAAGCAGCAGAUACCGGGCGAGCCUGUCGGCAGUGGCAUGGCAAUACGUGCCGGACUCUCAAUUGUCCGCUGACACACGAUCGCAGUUCGUGGCACAACCCGCGCAUCCCCGGGCCCCUUACGUUGUGGGGUCGAUGGACUCAUCAUCGCCCUUUCGCCGGGGGACAUACCUGCCGCAGUCGCAUCCUCACGUCACGCAGCCGGCCGUAGGUGGGACUGCCUUACAUUCUCCGCAAUCACUUUCUGCACGGGGGGGAUCUUCAAGGACGGACGCGGGGGCGUGGGGGAGUAAUCCGCAGCAGUCGUCGCAUCCAUCACCACACCGGCCACAAGUGUUCCAACUCAAGGCGAAGGGCGAAACAGGUAACACAUGUGCAACGCAAGACACAAGUGCGAGAAGUCGGGAAUGCAGCGUGGACGACGGCGGAACUGGUCGACCGCCGAAAGAACGUGGUGCAGGAAAAUGGCGACAGGGGGGGAAGUCCACAGCGGCGCCGAAGAAGAACACCCUGUGGACUCUAGAGGAGCGAGUGCUAUUGGCCAAAAUCAGCGGCGAGGACGAUGCUCUCAUGGGCGAUGCAGAAGGUGCCCAUUCUCUCAUGACAAAGGGCAGGCGUUACGAUUGGAUAGCGGACCGCAUGAAGGACGAGGGGUACGCACGCACAGGAGAGGAUUGCCGAAAGAAAUGGGCGGAGUUGCAGAAAAAGGUUCGGGAGAUAAGGGAUGCAUGCGAUGGAUCGGGCAAACAGCCAUACCGGGAUCUAACAACGGAGGAGAGAAAGAAAUUGAACAUCCCCAUGACUUUCGAGCGACCGUUAUGGGAUGCGAUGGAGUGGUACCGCCUGAAGGUUGCUUUCACCAUGGACAACUAUUCUGCAGCUGGCAGCGAGGCGGGGUCAGAGGGCGGGGGAACAGAGACUUCAGGUGGCGCUCCGAAGACUCGGAGGACGAACUCCGGGAAAGUUCGUGGUUCCGAUGUCGGGCAAGGUGUGACGGCGAUGGCGGCAGCUAUGGAGGACACGAGCCGAACACUGUGCGAAGGUCUGGACAGGGCUGCUGGGACGUUGGCUUCGGCUACCACAGAAGGGGCCGCUUUGAUGGCGGCACGGCAAGGCGACAUGGCAACGGAGAUCGGCCACGUCGCGGGGGCAAUGCGGCAGGGGAACUCCGUUUUGGAGUUGCUCGUGGGUGUGAUGGCAGGUAGACGUGGCGGAGCACCUGCCGGGGAACAAGGGGGGGGGUGACAUGAGCGGUGACAAGAAGCAUCGAAAUC